AGGAUGGAGAGGAGAAUUACCGAGCUUUAAAAAGUGAGUUGCGUAGUACGAAGUGAAGAACCAGAGAGAGAGAGAGAGAGAGAGAGAAGAGUUUUUGUUUGUUUUGUUUGAGCUUAUCAUCUGAGGAAUCAAAGAACCAAUUUUUUUUUUCCAGAAGAGGAGAGUGGAGGGGAGGAAGCAGAGCUCAGAGUGUGAGUUGGGUUUGGCUCAGAUUUCUUGCUUGGGCAUCUGGUCGGAGUGGUGGUCCCGUGGAAUAUGAUUUAUCUUGCGCUUCAUGCUGCCGACCUAGAUGUCAAUUUAUUUUAAAUUUUGUAACUUUGAGAGAUCAUCUCCCGGUUAGUGGCUUUGACGGGGUAUUGGACAUGAGUAUGCUGGUGAGGACAUGCUUGAGCCAAGGGAAGCUGAUAUACCGGUCCUGUUUCUGGUUUUCGUUGUACUCCCUUUGGUUGCUUACGUUUUACUUGGAAAAUGGAGUGAUUCAUCAAAGAAGAGAGACAGGGUAAGUUUGCUUGCUCAACUGGCUGCAGAAGAAGCUCUCAGAGCAGAAGCAAUGGCUGUUGCUGCUGUUAUUCCUCCUGUGUCUUCCUCAAGUCCUUCAAAGAAUGGACUUCAAGUAUGUGCCAGAUGCUAUAGUACAGCUACAACCCGCUGCUCUAGAUGCAAAUCUGUCAGAUAUUGUUCUGGUAAUUGUCAAAUAAUUCAUUGGAGGGAAGUUCACAGGCAAGAAUGUCUGCAGUUGGAACCUACUUGUUCAAGCUCAUCUCCUAAGGCUGUCUCAUUUGGAGAAUCAUUUCACGAGAAGUUCUUACCUAAUGACAGCAUCAAUUCACAGUACUUUGGGAGUAAGAUGGAGCAGAUUUUAGCAGAGCAAGCACCAGCUGAUAAUAUAAUUUAUCCUUCAACAAGCACUGGUGUCCCUGAUAUGCUUGACUGUUCUUCGGUUGAUACCUCUCAAGUUUCCAUGCCGGAGAGAAGAAGUGUGGACAAACGGGUUUCCAGAAAAUCCCAGAGAGAAUUAAGAAAAAAAGUUGGAGUUGCAUUUGAUUCUUCUGAAGAAACAUCUUUUGGUUGGACUACCCAUUUGGAAUCUUCUAAUGUUAAUUCAUCAAAAGAGGUUUUUAUGGAGCAUAAAUUAAGAAAUUAUGACACUCAGUUAGCAGGGGAGGGCAAUCCUAUGGUGCAAAAUGUCAAUAUUUCUGAUAGUUAUAUGAAGGGACAAGCUACUUCAAGAAAUACGGUGCAUGAGAAUGAUAAGUCUCAAGGUCAAAAUGGCAACAUAUAUGAAUCAAGAAGCAACUCUGGAUUAACAUCCUCGGCAUAUUCUUCAAAAAGUGGAAUAGAUGUGCAUGAAAAUGGGUUGGACUUCAUUCCAAAUGGAGGAAAAUCCCUUAAAGGGGAAAUAUUAUCCAAUGAUGAAACAACAGAUUUCAAAUGUGCUGAAAUGACAACAAUGAAGGCUAGCAUAAAGGUUAAAAGAGCUCCGUAUUCUCUUGGGAGAAAGGUGUCUAAAUUGCCAAAUUCAACAAUGGAAGUCUCAGGAGAGCAGUGUUACUCAGAGAUAGAGAGGCAGGGACAUAUUGCUGAAGAUUCAAAAGUAACUAGAAUGAGAGAUACCACUGCACAGGGUAGCAAUGGAAUUGCAAACAGUAGGAUCAUGAAAAUGAUGGAUCUAAAGAAGCCAAAGAACUUGACCAGACAGGAAGUCCCCGAAGUGAAUGGUUACCGACAGAAAACUAAGAAGGUCCUGUUCCCUUAUGAUGAGUUUGUGAAGUACUUUCAGUGUGAAUUCUUUGACUUAUCACCUCGGGGCCUUUUGAAUUGUGGGAACAGUUGCUAUGCAAAUGCUGUCUUGCAGUGUUUAACCUGCACAAAGCCUCUCAUUAUCUAUUUGCUUCGCAGAUCACAUUCAAGAGCCUGUUGUGGUAAAGAUUGGUGUCUCAUGUGUGAGCUGGAGCAACAUGUGAUGAUGUUACGAGAAAGUGGGGGCCCACUUUCUCCUAGCCGAAUUCUUUUUCAUAUGAGGAGUAUCAAUUGCCAAAUUGGUGAUGGAAGUCAAGAAGAUGCACAUGAAUUCUUAAGGCUUCUAGUUACGUCAAUGCAAUCUAUAUGCUUGGAGGGGCUGGGUGGUGAAAACAAGGUUGAUCCUAGAUUGCAAGAAACAACUUUUAUACAACAUACAUUUGGCGGACAUCUCAGAUCAAAGGUCAAGUGUUUGAGAUGUCAUCAUGAGUCGGAACGAUAUGAGAACAUCAUGGAUCUUACCUUAGAGAUAUUUGGUUGGGUUGAAUCACUUGAAGAUGCGCUGACUCAGUUUACAACCCCUGAAGAUUUGGAUGGAGAAAACAUGUACAGAUGUGGAAGGUGUGCUGCAUAUGUUCGAGCCAGGAAGCAAUUGAGCAUACAUGAGGCGCCAAAUAUACUCACAAUUGUCUUGAAGAGAUUUCAGGAGGGAAAAUAUGGAAAAAUAAACAAGUGCAUCACUUUUCCAGACAUGCUGGAUAUGAUUCCAUUUAUGACUGGAACGGGUGACAUUCCUCCUCUUUACUUGCUCUAUGGUGUUGUGGUGCAUUUGGAUACGCAGAAUGCAUCUUUCUCUGGACAUUAUGUGGCAUAUGUGAAAGAUAUGCGAGGCGAUUGGUUCAGGAUAGAUGACACUGAGGUUCACCCCGUUUCAAUGAGCCAGGUUAUGAUGGAAGGAGCAUAUAUCUUAUUUUACAUGAGGUCUUGUCCCCGCCCUCACAGAGGAUUUUCUGGAAAAGCUAUCAGGGAGCAAGUUCCAAAUUUCGAAAAUCAAUGCACGUCGAAAGCUCAGAAGUCAAGGCCAGGCCAAAGCAAACACAGCAGCCAAUUUGCUAGUCCAGAGCAUUUACCAGAUGAUAUCAGGCCAGAGAUUGCAAAUGGCUUUGGCAACAGCACCACCAAUGACAUCCAUAGGAGUUCUAACGGGAAUGUUUUCCCAAUGAUGGAAACAUAUGGUGAGCCCAUGGGCGUGGAGUUCUCUGAUGCUACGUCAAGUGAUUGGUCCCUUUUUACAAGUUCUGAUGAGGCCUCUUUCACGACUGAGAGUACUAGAGACUCUUUCAGUACUGUGGAUUGUGCCGAUGCUUGCAAUAUGGAUCCAAUCUCUUCAAUUUUCAACACGUUAUAUGCACCGGAGUAUUCUCGCAGUUCUGCAUCCUGCAGAAAAUUUUCAAAUAGUAGGCCACACACUAGAUUUGUUUCCAAGGAUAAGGGUGUUAUUUUGGAUUCGUACUCAUCAACCCAUCCCGUUGACAGAGCACAGAAACGAAACUAUUCAAGAAAGGUCAGUGAUUCACAAACUGAACACCCUCUGGAUACUAAAUGCAGCUCGUUUGUAAGAUAUGGGACUAACCCAAUAUAUAGUCUUGACCGAACCUCGGAUCAUUGUAAACUCUAAUCUAUAUGAGAUACUGAUUGAAUAUAUUAUUUAGUCUGGUAGGAGCUGUGCCCCAACAUUUUUGUUUUCAAUGUAUUGCUGAUUGGGGCAUGUUUCAUAUCAAAACAAGUAAAUGUAACAAUCUUCUUGUUAGCGAUCUAAUUAACACCGGAAAUUGUAGAGUCCCGGGAUUUUCCUUUGCUUCAA